AUGGAGAAACAGUUGCAAAUGAACAUGAGCGGCUUGGAAAUGAAUAGUGGCGCCGCAUUUCAAGUCAAAACACAGAAUUUUAAGAAGAAAUCCUUGGUAGAUAAGAAACACAUUUUCUGUGAACAUUGUCAAAGAUUAGGCCACUCCAAGGAUACUUGCUUCAAACUCCAUGGAGUGCCUGAUUGGUACAAGGAGAUGUUGGAUCAAAAAAAGAAAACAGGGGGUAGGGGGCGCGAUUUUAUUGUUGCAGCAGCCAGUGAGCAAGGUUCUGUGAAGUCAGAAGGGAUUUCUAAUAUCACUGAUAUUAUUCGAACAGAAAUGAAAAGAAUGAUACAUGAUAAGAUGCCUCUUGAUCCCUUGAAAGUAAAUUUUGCUCAAUUGGAUAAUUUUGCAGGUACUAGUAUGAACUCUACUUGUAUUGUUUCUGGUUCUUGGAUUAUUGAUAGUGGGGCGACAAGCCACAUUUGUGGAGAUAUUCAUUUAUUUCAAUCCUUCACUACACCUACACAUCCUCUCACCAUACACUUACCAAAUGGACAGACACAAGCAGUUUCACAUAUAGGAUCAGUUGCACUUUCACCUGAAAUUACUCUAUCUCAUGACCUGAGGAGUAAAAGGAUCAUGGCCACAGGAGAACUCAUAGAGAAUUUAUAUGUUCUAUCCUCUGUAUCAAGAAGCAACUUUUCUGUCCCAAUUAGUAUUGAUUGUAAUGCUGAUUCAUAUGCUGCUACAUCCCCACCUUACAAAGAGCCCACUAAUUCUGGUUGUCAUUAUUUCUUAACAAUCGUAGACGAUUUUAGUAGGUCUACAUGGAUUUUCUUCAUGAGAUACAAGAGUCAAUGUCUAGAAAUGUUUCAGAAUGUCUAUAAACUUGUUUUCACCCAAUUCAACAAACGUAUCCAAUCACUUCGAACCGAUAAUGGGUCCGAAUUUUUGAGUUCACAAUUCCAAUCCUUCCUUCGUGACUCCGGCAUUGUUCAUCAACGUAGUUGUGCUUAUACUCCACAGCAAAACGGAGUUGUAGAACGAAAAUGUAGGUUUCUUCUUGACAUCACUAGGUCUAUCAUGUUUCAAUCGUCUUUUCCUCGACAUUUUUGGGGCGAUGCCAUCCUCUCAGCCACUUAUCUAAUCAAUAGGUUUCCCACAGCUGUCCUAGGAUGGAAAUCCCCAUAUGAAAUACUAUAUAAUGAGCCUCCUUCCUACACUCAUCUUAAGACCAUAGGCUGCCUCUGUUUUGCGAUCAAGUCCAAUCCUAAUCAAUCUAAAUUUGAUAAAAGAGCUUCUAAAUGUGUUCUACUUGGGUAUCCUCCUGGUCAGAAGGCCUAUAGGCUUCUUGAUCUUGACUCCAACACGAUUUUUGUUUCCAGAAAUAUUACGUUCCAUGAGGAUGUUUUUCCUUUUGCUCAGUCCCCUUCAACUGUUCCUGCUGUUCCUUUAGCUGCAAUUCCCUUAGAUGCUGACACAGACACUGUUGUUCCUUCUCCUCAUUUACCUCCUACUACUUCUGCUUCCUCACCAACUUCUGACAUUGCAUCUCCUUCCUUUGUUCCUGUUCGAAGAUCACAAAGAACUCACACUAAGCCUGCCUGGCUUUCUGAUUUUGUUUAUCACUUGAGCACUGAUUCCUUACCCCCUACCAUCAUCGAUUUUAGCUCCACAUAUUUGGAAUUUGUUGCCUCCCUAUCUGUUUUGCAGGAACCACGCAAUUACAAGGAGGCUUCUGCUAGUCCUUAG